AACUACUGACUCCGAUCAGUCCGAACUCCGACGAAGUCCGACUCCCGCCAAAACACUGCGCAACAAUAGUACGAAAACACAUUGUGCAUGUCUUACAAGAUCGCUGGAAUUGUCAAGUUUUUAUCAUUCCAGCGGUUCUUCCAGUUAGUUGAAUGAUAUAUUUCAAUAAUCAUGGCUGAAUCACCAGGAAUGCAGAGGAGCAAACGGCAGAAGAUAGAUAAAUCAGGUCGUUUGGCUGCUCUUGAAAAGUUAAAGCAACUGAAAGGAAAGGGUGUAAAACAUAAGUAUGAAGUGGAUGAUUUGGAGAAUGUUUACGAUGAAGUAGAUGAGAAGGAAUAUGGCAAAACUGUUUUGGAUCGACAGUAUGAUGAUUGGAUUGUUGAUGAUGGUGGAGGUUCAGGCUAUGUAGAAGAUGGUCGGGAAAUUUUCGACGACGACCUGGACGACGAGAGCGUACGCGAGGCGGCAAAACAGAGUCACUUGAAGGGACCUCGCAAACGUAAACGUGAGCCUGAAGGCAAAAAGGGCAGCAUUGCCAAUAUGUUCUCUAACAUGGCCAAUAAAAAAAAGGUUGAGGAGAAGAUUGAGGAUGAUGAUAUUUUAGGUGAUUUGAUGUCCGAGUUAAAAAAUGACAGCGAUACACCUAAGCGUAAAGAGACACCUAGAGGAAAUAAAUUCUUAUCAACACCAAAGAUCUGUACUAAGUCCGAUGAUGAUAAAUUGCUGGACAGUUUGAUAAAGGACACGGUAAGAAAGCCACAACCACCACCAAAAAAGACUGUACUAGAUGAUCUUGACAAUGAAGUUCUCUAUGAUAUCCCAAUAACAACUCCUAAUAAGCCAAAGAUAAAAUCCAUAGAAGUAGUGAAGACCACUAAAAUCGUUAAGGAAACGAAAGCUCCAGAACCUCAGAAGCCAGCAGUAGACAUCGAGAAUUUGAAUUUCGACGACGAUUUCGUGGCCGAUGAUUUCCCUACUAUGCAAAAUUCAAUAAAGGCGAGCUCUAGUAAUAACGGAAGUUCCAAUGGUUCUAGUACUGCGUCAUCAACUCAAGCUGCUCAUAAAAAUGGAAACGUCGAGGAUUUGAAUGAGUAUAUUGGAGAUAUCUCUGACAUCGACUUUGGAAACACAGAAAUGGACAACGAUGUAGCCAAUCAGUCGUCUACGACGCUCUCAAGCACACAGUCUACAACGGUGUUAACCCAGGGCCUGGAUAAGUCCCAAAUGUGGCGCGAGAAAGAUGCAGAUCUGCACAACGACGACGUCUUCGCAAAGAUCUGGGAGGAGGAUUUUAUCCCGUCAUCUGUGGCACCACCCUCCAAAACUCCAAUUCCAGCGACACAAUUGCCUUUGCCAACUACAACGAAUGCGGCAGGAGAAAAAGUUUUCAGGUUCUUCUGGUUGGAUGCUUUCGAGGACCCGUACAAGCAGCCUGGAGUUGUUUAUUUGUUUGGAAAAGUUUUUGUUAAUGAAUUGAAUGAGUAUGUGUCUUGCUGUCUUGGAGUAAAGAACAUUUCCAGGCGUAUUUAUUGUUUGCUUAGAGAUAAUCCCAAUGGAAGCGAUGAAAAUGAAGAGAAAUCUCAGGGCCAAAGAGGCUGGGAAGAACUUAAAGAAUAUACGGCUAAAUUAAAAAUCAAAGAGUUCAAAUGCCGGGAGUUGAGUAUGAAGUACGCGUUCGAGCGGGAAGACACGCCAACGCAGGCCCAGUACUUGGAGGUACGGUAUGCCGCUACAGAUCCACCGUUCGAGGCUGACUACUCGGGUCCGAACAUUGAAGCUGUAUUCGGCACGACAGUAAACGCACUGGAACUGUUGCUGAUCGAGAGGAAUCUCAAGGGACCCUGUUGGUUAGAUCUGAAGGCGCCGCUGCCUGUUGAUAACGCUUUCAGCUGGUGUAAAGUUCAGGCAAAUUGUACGAGAAUGGAGAACAUUUUUGUUUGUACAGAACAACCAAGUGGCGUUAAUAUACCACCGAUAGUGAUUGCAACGAUAAACGUUCAAGCAGCCUACGAUGUCAAACAGCAAAAAAACGAAAUCGUAAAUAUCGGAAUUUUACUUCACCAUAAAUUCCAAUUGGAUAAGGCACCUCCUAAACCGCCGUUCGAUCAACACUACUGUAUUGUGACACAUCCACGAAUUACCGGUUGGCCUAUAAAGGCUCGCGACCGCCUGGAUAAGAUCCGCCAGACUAAAGUGAUACGCUGCGAUACAGAACUUGAGCUAUUAGAGAAAUUCCUGGAGAUAUUGCAACGCUCCGACCCUGAUAUUUUCGUUGGUUAUGACUGUGGUUUCCAAUUUGAAGUGAUCAUGAGUAAAAUUUUUCAGUUAAAGGUGAAGAACUGGAGUAGCGUUGGUAAAUUGCGACGGCUCAAUCCACCUUAUUUCAAGGGAAAAAUGAAUUUGGGCUCGAUUUUCUGCGGUCGGCCGAUUUGUGAUAUUACUAACUCUGCCAAAGAACUGAAUCUGAAAGUUAGAAGCUAUGACCUCGCUUCCCUAUGUGUCGCUGUCCUCAACAAAAAAGAAUACGAAUGCAAAGAGGUAAAAUCUGAAGAAAUAGCUAGCAAGUACUAUGCCAACGCGGAGCAAGUUGAAAAGCUCAUUCAGUCUACGAUGGUAGAAGCCUCCUACAUCCUAGGCAUCGUAACGGAGCUCAACAUUCUGCCGCUCGCUUUGCAGAUUACCAAUAUCGCUGGUAACACUCUGUCCCGUACACUGUCAGCUGGUCGAGCAGAGCGUAAUGAGUUCCUUUUGCUGCAUGCGUUUUAUCAAAAAGGGUAUAUUACGCCAGAUAAGCGGACGCAAACGAAGAAGAAGGAAGGUGCUGAGGCCACUCAUGGUGGAAAGAAGAAGCCCGCUUACGCUGGCGGUCUUGUACUAGAGCCUAAAAAAGGAUUUUAUGAUAAACUAAUACUACUGAUGGAUUUCAAUUCGUUAUAUCCAAGUAUAAUUCAAGAAUUCAAUCUGUGCUUUACAACGGUACCUGGCGCUGCUUUUGCAAAUGUUGACGAUUUAGAACUACCAGAACCGACGGUAGAGGACGGCGUUGUCCCCACCGAGAUCCGUAAACUUGUACAGAGCCGCGUAGAAGUUAAGAAGCUCAUGAAAGCUCCAAACCUAUCUCCUGAGUUGAAAGUUCAGUACAACAUCCGCCAGCUUGCUCUUAAGCUCACGGCCAAUUCAAUGUACGGUUGCCUUGGAGCAACACACUGUCGCUUCUACGCCAAAGGUCUAGCAGCUUUGGUUACUAUGAAAGGUCGUGAAAUUUUGCAAAAUUCGAAAGCACUAGUAGAGAAAGCCAAUUACGAAGUUAUUUAUGGUGACACCGAUUCUAUCAUGAUCAACACGAAUAUAUUGGAGUACGAUCAGGUGUUUAGCAUUGGCAAGGAAAUUAAGAAGGACGUGAACAAGACGUAUAAAAAGGUUGAGCUGGAUAUCGACGGAGUGUUUAGGUAUUUGUUGUUAUUGCAAAAGAAGAAAUACGCGGCCGUAACCAUGUCCAAAUCACCCAGUGGACAGAUGCAAUACACUAAGGAACUAAAGGGACUCGAUAUCGUCAGAAGGGAUUGGUGUGGACUAGCUUGUGACAUCGGAAAUCAAAUACUCGACCAGUUGUUGAGCGACCAAUCCAGCGAAUCUCGAGUGGGCAAAAUCUUCGAUAUUCUUCAGCAGGUUGGCAACAACCUACGCGAGGGCAAUCUACCACUGUCCCUCCUUGUUAUCACAAAACAGUUAUCAAAAAAUCCCCACGAGUACCCUAAUGACAAAAAGCUCUCUCAUGUGCUCGUCGCGCUCAGACUGAACGAAAGCGGAGGACGUAAGUGGAAGGCUGGUGAUACCGUGCCCUAUAUCAUCUGCGAGGACGGCACAGACAAAACGCCACUCGAAAGAGCUUACCACAUCGAAGAAUUUAAAAAGAACGACAAUCUAAAAAUCGACGUCAAUUAUUACCUGCUGCAACAAAUUCAUCCCGUCGUAUUGAGGAUUUGUGAGCCUAUUGAGGGCAUAGAUGAUGUGCUACUCGCACAACAUAUAGGUGUAGGCGAUCUCUAUAAGCCAAAAAAAGUUCAUACAGCUCAAGAGGAGGGCGAAGUACCUCUUUGUAUUCAGGACAAUCGAUACGAUAACUGCCAUCCGUUAAAGUUCAAGUGUAAAAACGAGAAUUGCAAAUUCGAAAUCGAGAUUAAAACGACUAUAACGGAAUUUGCUGGAGUACCUAGACCGACACUGGCACUGUGUCCGAAUCCGGCUUGCGAUAUGCCGCCUUGGAGGUACGCUGACGCCAUCCAGAACAGACUCCAACAGGAAAUCAGAAAGUUUAUCUCUCAGUAUUAUUAUGGCGAGGUUGAGUGCGAGAAUCCAAUCUGCUUAAAAGUCAUGAGGAGGAUCACUAUGGGUACCUUAGGAACAUUUCCGAAAUGCUACAACUGCCUUGAUGGCAAUGUUCACAGAAUAUACAAAGAGACUGAAUUAUACAAUCAGCUCAGCUACUACCUUCACCUUUUCACUUUAAAUCAAACCCAUUUCAAAAAUCUGAAACCUGCGCCGACACGCGAGCUCAUAGCCGUGUACGACACAUUAAAAGAGUUUGUGGAGAAGCAAAUACAGGCAAACGCCUACUCGGUGGUGGAUUUGACGAAGCUCUUCUGGCCAAAUCUUCAGGAGAGCGACAUUGAUGCCCUGAGUAAGGUUGGAGAUACGGUACCCAAAAUUGAGGUCGAAGAUCUUAUUCAAGAAGAAGGUGAAGAGGACGAAGAGGACUAGCGAGAAGAAACUAGAAAGUCGUUAACUAUAUUGUAAGUACUGUAAUUUACAAGAAAUCUUAACCUUAAGUAUUUUUUAUGUGCAUAUGACAAUUAUUUAGGCGGUAAUUUGUAAAAUAACGAGAGGCCGGUUGUAUUAGACAUUUUUAUACAAGAUUAAAUGUAGAAUACAAAAAUGUAAUAAACAGUCUUCUAAAAAAGAUACAUAUCCCUUAUAUAUAUAUUUAUAUAUUUACGAAUUAAAACGUUAUAACAAAGUAAAUCGCACGAUUCUCGCACUUCAUUAUGCAAUGUAAAAGCUAGCGCAAUAAUAUACAAUAAUUCUUAUUUGAUUCGAUAUAAAACUUAAAAAAAAGAGAACUUGUACAUUUUUUAUUUUUAUCGUUUGCAGAUAAAAAUAUAAAAGCAAGAAAUAUAUAAGGCUAUUGUAUUAUAUCUUAUUGUCGAAAUACAAACGAAUAAAAA